GCAGCCAACAUUGAUUUUCUCCGGGCCGAGGGCGGAGGCGGAGGGGGCGAGGGACCCGGCGGCGGCGGCGGCAGCCGGCAGUGCGGGGGGGCCGGCUGCGGGCUGCAGCCGCUGCAGGCGGAGAGCAUGUCCAAACCGGUGGACCACGUCAAGCGGCCCAUGAACGCCUUCAUGGUGUGGUCCCGGGCCCAGCGCCGCAAAAUGGCCCAGGAGAACCCCAAGAUGCACAACUCGGAGAUCAGCAAGCGGCUGGGGGCCGAGUGGAAACUGCUCACGGAGUCGGAGAAGCGCCCCUUCAUAGACGAGGCGAAGCGCCUUCGGGCCAUGCACAUGAAGGAGCAUCCCGACUAUAAGUACCGGCCGCGCAGGAAGCCCAAGACCCUGCUCAAGAAGGACAAGUUCGCCUUCCCCGUGCCCUACGGCCUGGGCGGCGUGGGGGACCCGGAGCACCACGGGCUGAAGGCGGGGGGCGGCCUGCACGGGGGCGCCGGGGGCGGGCUGGUGCCCGAGUCCCUGCUAGCAAACCCAGAGAAAGCCGCGGCCGCCGCGGCCGCCGCCGCGGCGCGCGUUUUCUUUCCUCAGUCCGCAGCGGCGGCCGCCGCCGCCGCCGCCGCCGCGGCCAGCAGCCCCUACUCUCUGCUGGACCUGGGCUCUAAAAUGGCAGAGAUCUCCUCGUCCUCCUCGGGGCUCCCCUAUGCGUCCUCGCUGGGCUACCCGACGGCGGGCGCCGGUGCCUUCCACGGGGCCGCCGCCGCAGCUGCAGCCGCCGCCGCCGCCGCCGGGGGGCACACGCACUCGCACCCCAGCCCCGGCAACCCGGGCUACAUGAUACCGUGCAACUGCAGCGCCUGGCCGAGCCCGGGACUCCAGCCGCCCCUCGCCUACAUCCUGUUGCCUGGCAUGGGCAAACCUCAGCUGGACCCUUACCCUGCGGCCUACGCCGCGGCCUUAUGACCCAGCGCGGGGCGCAGCAGCAGCAGCUACAACCGUGUGUGUACAAACAUCAGUCAUCUUGUGAUGGAUUAUCCAGAUUUCAAGAUAAACUUCUGAGUUCAAGAAGUCUGGAGGUAUUGGGUCCAUCUCGUGGACCUUAAUGGUGACAAGAGGAAGAGUCCCCUGUCCCCUCUCCAGUGCUCUUGAAGCAGAUGACCACCAACAAGAUGAUAAGCCUAAAUCUUCACCCAUCUUAUCAGAAGACACCUACUAUGAGAAGUACAGUGCAGAGCCAAGGUGAAAUGUAAAAUGGAUG